CGGUGUUACAUUUACGUGACAGACGCGUAGGCGGUUGGUAAUAGCUGCUCUCGUUUUAGAAAUUUUCAACACAAAAAUAAUAAAUAAGAAGUUUCAGUGCUUAAAAUAAAAAUUUUAUCAAAAACCAAUUUUUGUAGCUUUAAAGCGAUAAAUAAAAUACAAAAAAUAAAAAAUUUAAGUGCUUUUAUAAAUAUCGAUAAGAUAAGCUUGAAAAGUUAAAGAAGUUAAAAGUUAAAAACAAAAAUGCAAAGUUUUACAAAUAGACUUAUUUACUGAAUAAAGCUGCGAAAAUGAGCUCAGAAAAUAUUUUAUAAAAUAUACAACAAAAUAUUUUAAACAUAAGUUGACCACUAUAAGAGAAUAAUUUAAAAAAGUGUACCAAAGCAUCAUCUCAACAUGCAGCCGAGCAAAUAUGUGGGCCUUGUGGCCGAUUUGAUGCCCAACAUUCGUCUUAUGAAAUACUCGGGCCUAUUUAUGCACAAUUUCACCGGCGGUUCUGGGUUCUUCAAGAAGAUUUACUCGUCUAUACACUUGGUGCUUGUUUUGGUGCAAUUUCUGUUGAUACUGGUGAAUAUGGCGUUGAAUGCGGAUGAGGUGAAUGAGUUGUCCGGCAACACGAUUACGGUGCUUUUCUUCACACAUAGCAUAACGAAAUUCAUAUAUUUGGCUGUGACUCAGAAGAACUUCUACAGAACAUUGAAUAUCUGGAAUCAGGUAAACUCGCAUCCAUUGUUUGCCGAGUCGGACGCACGCUACCACGCGAUCGCCCUCGCCAAAAUGCGUAAACUCUUCACCUUGGUAAUGCUUACGACCGUCGCCUCGGCUGUGGCUUGGACCACCAUCACCUUCUUUGGCGAGAGUGUGAAAUUCGCCUUCGAAAAGGAGACCAAUUCGACCAUCACCGUGGAAAUCCCGCGUUUGCCGAUUAAGUCUUUCUAUCCGUGGAAUGCCGGUGUGGGCAUGUUUUAUAUUAUAAGCUUCGCUUUUCAAUGCUACUAUUUGCUCUUCUCCAUGGUGCAUUCGAACUUGUGCGAUGUACUCUUUUGUUCGUGGCUGAUUUUCGCCUGCGAACAGCUGCAACAUCUGAAAGGCAUUAUGAAGCCAUUAAUGGAGCUGUCAGCCUCGCUGGACACCUAUCGUCCAAAUUCGGCGGCACUCUUUCGUUCAUUAUCCGCCAAUUCGAAGUCGGAAUUAAUCAACAAUGAGGAGAAGGAACCCACUGAUCUGGACAUCAGCGGCGUCUAUAGCUCUAAGGCUGAUUGGGGUGCACAAUUCCGUGCGCCAUCGACUCUGCAAACCUUCAAUGGCAUGAACGGUGCGAAUCCGAAUGGUUUGACUAGAAAGCAGGAAAUGAUGGUGCGCAGCGCCAUUAAGUAUUGGGUCGAGCGGCAUAAGCACGUGGUGCGAUUAGUUGCAGCAAUUGGUGACACUUAUGGCGGCGCUUUGUUGUUGCACAUGUUGACAUCCACCAUUAUGCUGACGUUGUUGGCGUAUCAGGCCACCAAAAUCACCGGCGUCAAUGUUUACGCCUUCACGACCAUCGGCUACUUGGGUUAUGCCUUGGCGCAAGUAUUUCACUUCUGCAUAUUUGGCAACCGGCUCAUUGAGGAGAGCUCAUCCGUCAUGGAGGCAGCCUAUUCGUGCCACUGGUAUGAUGGCUCCGAGGAGGCCAAGACGUUUGUUCAGAUCGUUUGCCAGCAGUGCCAGAAAGCGGUGUCCAUAUCGGGAGCGAAGUUCUUCACUGUCUCGCUGGACUUGUUUGCAUCGGUUCUUGGCGCUGUUGUCACCUACUUCAUGGUGCUGGUGCAAUUGAAGUAGAUAAAACUAACAACAACAAUGUCAAAAAAGAAAUCGCUGCACCUAUAUAAUACGAUAUACGAUUAUAAAUUUAUAUUUUGACAACAACAACAAUAAACAGCCCAAAAAGUACUCGUACAUCAAACUCACCCAGUCACAGCGCGUCAGUGGCAACAACAUUAGCUUGAAUUAUCAGCAACUUGUGCGCACCUAUUGGGCGUGUAAUAUUUACAAUAACAACUAUGAAAAGUUUGCUUAUUUAGCAGUAAAAAUAAUGGAGAAAUUUGGCAACGUUAACAUUUGUCUGGCAGAGAGUUUACUUUUACAGGAACUAAAUCAGCGCCUAUGUCGAAGUACUGGUUACUAAUACAGUGACAAGCAAAAUUUUAGCAUGGUGAACGGAUAAUUAUUUUGAUUGAGCUUCACUUUCGCUAUAUUUAGCUUUUUUAUAAUUGUACUAACUUCAAAAAACAAAAAAUAUUUAUUUAUAUGUACAUUAGGUUUUCCGUUCUUUUCCAAUUAUAUACAUGGGUACAUUUAGGUACGAUUUAGAUGGAACAGUUUUGAAGUUUAAGUUUCGAUUUUUUGUAUUCGAAAAAUAAUUAAAUAUCCUUCUUAUGUUCAAACCGGUUUUCAAACUUUUUAGCAAUACUUCCAAUGCUUUAAAACUAAUAUAGAGGUAUUAAAAAAGAUCCGGCAAGUACUUUUCUGUCUUUCAUAGGGCGUAUCAACUGAAUAUUUCCAAAACUUCUCCUUUCAUAAGAUUUACUCUUUUAUGAGUGGCAACUCCAUUUCACAACUUCUAUAUAUUGAUGAUUUAAUGAAUAAUUUGUGGAAGACUUUCCCAAACUUCCCUUGUUAAGUAUAAAUUUCAAAACAAUUUCGGUCCUAAAUUUUUCGUUAGGUGGCAAUUUAAGUACAAAAUAUGUCUAAAUUAAAAAUUCUUAAAAAUACUUCUUUCGAAAAUCUUACUUAAACGCUGAAAUUUCCCAGAGAUUAUGUAACAUAUUAAUCAGUGUUAGUUUUAGGGAUAUGUGUCGAAUCUAUUUUAAAAUAUAUAUAUAUCGGAUAUUUUUCAGAUAAUUUUCAAUAUCUACUUGAAGGCUUGUAGUUGACAUAUUUCGUAUAAUAUUUUCAGUCCUUUUAUCUUUUUCUCUAGGUGGCAAGUCCCGUUUGUGUUGAGUUCAAGAUUUCUUUUCAGAUAACCUCAAUAUUAAUCAAAUUUAUUGACAGGCCUAAAAAUUGUUAAAAAUCGUGUUAUAAUAAAUUAUCAUAUUACCGAGAAGCUAUGAAACUCCGUCUGAAAUCCAAUUACCUAUAUUCCUGCUGCAAUUUCCCUCGUCAGUGUGCGUAUAGAUAAUUAUGUAAAAUGACCAAAUUACUUGGAAAGCAUUUCAUGAAAUGUCAAAUAUCAGCUAAAUAAUUUUACGAAAUAAUAUAAAUGAAUGAUUAAUGAUUAUUGAUUAAUGAUUUUGUGCAGAUUUUCCAAUGAAUGCCGUUAAUUUGCGGCACAAUAUAUUUUAUGUGAGUAGCUUAUACAUACAUAUGUAUUGUACAUAUACUAUAUGUGCCUUAAUAUUUCAGUAAUAGUUUUAUAUAUUUUUAGAAAAUCUUUUUGAUGUUAUGCAGUUUUAUAAAACAAUCACAUUUUAUUUAUUAACAUAAAUUAUUUAACUAUGCCAUAAGUCACCGCAAAACACACAUAUAACAAAUUUUCUUUAGUGAAGAGUACAAUAAAGGAAGUAGUGAAUCGCUUGAUUACAAAAACAUUAUAA